CAGGGCGAGCUCCAGUCCCCCGCCCGCGCUCGUGCCAGGUCUCCGCGUGAGUCUCUGGCGUCCUGCCCCAGCCGGGCCAGCUCGGGACGCCCGGUGGAUCCGGGGGCUCUUAGGGGCCUUGCGAACCCGGCGGGCCGAGGCCGUCUGCCCGUGGGCCCGGCCGCUCCUGUUGGCUGCAGAGACAGACCGCGAGAUCGAGGACGUUGGUGUCGUUUCCCUUGACCUUGAGGACCCGGGAAGGUCGUAUGAGCCAUGGCUAUGACAAGUGUCAGGUCGCCCAGCGGUGUUUUAAGAAAGCCAGAUGCCUGGAUUGGGCUCUGCGGAGCGCUACGAGGGACACCUUCACAAAAACACUGUGCUUCCUGGAAUCGAUACUUAUAUUUGUCUAGUACCAAGUUAAAUUCUUCAAAUUAUAAAACAUUUUUCCAUAACAUUUUCUCACUGAGACUCUCAGGGCUUUUAACAUCUCAAGAAUAUAUUUUCCCAUUUUCCAUAAGACUCAAAAGUAAUGUAAGCUCUAAAAAAUCCACUACAAAGACUCUGCAACAAGUGGAGGAUGAAGGGGACUCUGAUGAAGAGAGUGAGCGUCAUGAGAUGAGUGAGCAGGAAGAGGAGCCAGAGGACGACCCCACUGCGGUCAGAGACUAUAAAGACCUGGACAAAGUAGUGCAGUCCUUCCGAUACGAUGUUAUCCUGAAGACGGGCCUAGAUAUCGGAAGAAACAAAGUGGAAGAUGCAUUCUACAAAGGUGAACUCAGGCUGAACGGGGAAAAAUUAUGGAAGAAAAGUAGAACGGUGAAAGUGGGAGAUACAUUGGAUCUUCUAAUUGGAGAGGAUAGAGAAGCAGAAACAGAGACAGUGAUGCGGAUUCUCCUGAAAAAAGUGUUUGAAGAGAAGACCAGCAGUGAGAAAUACAGAGUGGUGUUACGGCGGUGGAAAAAGUUAAAAUUGCCUAAAAAGAGUACGCUCAAAUAAAUGGAUUGCUUUUUAGCGAUAAAGCUGCGUUCUAGUGGUGGGGAAGGGGCCAGGUUAAAAAGAGGACGUUUUUAUUAAAAUAAAGUUCUCCUACCAUUAAAAAAA